AUGGCAGACAGAUUUCUUGCUUCUGCUCUGUCUUUCUCUUCUGUUUCUCUCUUUCAUCUCCUUCUCUCUCUCUCUUCUCUCUUUCAUCUCAUUUUUUUCUUCUUAUUUUUCUCUCUUUCAUCUCAUUCUCUCUCUUUUUCUCUCUUUCAUUUCAUUCUCUCUUUUUCUCUCUCCCUCUCUCUUUCUCUCUUUCAUCUCAUUCACUCUCUUUUUCUUUUACAUCUCAUUCACUUUCUUUUUCUCUCUUUCAUCUCAUUCUCUCUUUUCUUUUUCUCUUAUUUAUUUCAUUCACUCUCUUUCAUUUUUCUUACCCUUUUACUCUGCAGCACAAAUUUCUGCUACACACAAGUUUUUUCUUUCCUUCUCUUUGCUAAUUCAUUCCCAACAUCUAUCUUUAUACUCCCCAUCAUUUCCAUGGUUUCUGCCUUUUUAUAUAUAUCUUUUCAGCUUCUUUUUUUUUUAAUCUGUUUCCCUCUCUCUUUCUCUCUCUCACAUUUGAUAUACUCUCUCUUUUGCUCUGUUGCACUCUAUUUCUCUCUUUUGCUCCAUUGCACUUUCUAUAUUUUACUUUUUCACUCUUUCACUUUUGCGCUGUUGCACUCUCUCCCUCUUUUGCUCUGUUGCGCGCACUCACGCUCUCCCUUCUGCUCUGUUGCACUCUCUCUCUCUCUGUUACUCUGUUGCACUCUCUCUCUUUUACUCUAUUGCACCCUCUCUCUCUUUUGCUCUGUUACACUCACUCUCUCUCUUUUAAUCUGUUGCACUCUCUAUUUUUUGCUCUGUUGCAUACUCCCUCUCUGA